GAUAGAUCCUUGGGGAAAAGACUGGUCACAGGCAACAGAAGACCCUCAGAAGAGACAGACCAGUCCUACUUUGAAAAGUUUCCCACCAGCUGAGGUUGUGAGGAAGCAGCCACCUGCUUCAGUGCCCUCCCUCUACUGCUCCGACAUCUGGCAGACGAGGCAGAGAGGCGAAAGAGACACACACUACUCAUCAGCCCCGACAGAAGAUCAACAGACUGGCUGCACUGCGCUGACACCAGACAGAAAUACAGCGCUGCAGGUGUGGCAACAAAUGGAGCCAAAUCUAACAGACAGUGUAGAGAGCAACUCUACCAUCUGUCAAUCCAUUGAUGACUUCCGUAAUCAGGUUUACUCCACAUCCUACUCCCUCAUCACUGUGUUGGGCCUGGUAGGGAACGGCUUUGCCCUGUUGGUGCUGAUCAGAACGCACCGCCAGAGCUCACCUUUUCAUGUCUACAUGCUGAACCUGGCUGUGUCUGACCUGCUGUGUGUCAUGACCCUGCCGCUGAGAGUUUACUACUAUGUCAACAAAGGUGAAUGGAAGCUGGGGGAUUUCCUGUGUCGCAUCAGUUCCUACGCCCUCUAUGUAAACCUCUACUGCAGUAUCUACUUCAUGGCCGCCAUGUCCGUCACACGGUUCUUGGCCAUUGUGUUCCCUGUGCAGAACAUGCGGCUGAUGACAGAGAAUCGUGCCCGUCUGGUGUGUGUGGGUGUCUGGGUGUUAAUCUGUCUCUCAUCCUCACCCUUCCUGAUGGGUGGCCAGGAUUUUGAUGACAAAACAAAUAAAACCAAGUGCUUUGAGCCCCCAGACGAAAAAAAAGAUAUGCAGAAACUAGUUGUGCUGAACUAUUUGUCUCUAGUGAUGGGCUUUUCCCUGCCUUUCCUGGUUAUCCUGAUCUGCUACGCAGGCAUAGUCCGCGCCCUGCUGUCCCGCACCAAUGCUGCCCGACGCCAGCGGGACACAGGCACCAAAGCCAUCCGAAUGAUUGUCAUUGUCCUGCUGACCUUCCUAAUCAGCUUCAUGCCAUACCAUGUGCAGCGAACCAUCCACCUGAACUUCCUGUCUCGGCAUGACACCACCUGCUCAGAGCGGAUUGCUAUGCAGAAGUCUGUUGUGGUAACACUGUGCCUGGCUGCUGCCAAUUCAUGCUUUGAUCCACUGCUUUAUUUUUUCUCUGGAGAGGGUUUCCGCAGUCGCUUGACCUCCUUGCGCCAGUCAAUGAGGGCCAGCACUGUGCACCAUGUAGCCAGGAUAAAGCCUGUUACAGACUCAGAGCCUGGGGAAAACCACCAGCUGAAGGCCAGUUAGUUCACAGCAGGCAGGAGGGUCAUCAAACAAGCAGCUUAGGAUAUCUUUUAAGAGCUCAGAAUGGCAUGUGCAGGGAAGGAGUUGAGAGAAAGAUUAGAGGAGGAUGAAAGGCAAAAAUAGAAUACAAUAUUCAUAAUUAUAUUUAAUUACCUGGUAUCAAAAAUCGUGUUUAUGUUAUCUUAGAACGAGCCAUUUACACCUGCAUAGGGGGCUCAAGAGAGCCUUUUGUGAUUUUACAUUGAAGUGGCAGCUCAAAGGCCACUGUAGGUUCUCCUACACACUUGGAAAGGGAGAGAUAACCGAAGGUAUUCAGUUGGUUGCAAUCUGCAACCUCACCGCUAGAUGCCACUGACUCAUACACACUGGCCCUUUAAGUUACAAAUCUCAGGAGAAUGUUUUCCAUUUAAAUCGAUAUAUAUUAUCCUAAAGGAUGCAUAGUGUUCAAUAUUUAAAUGAUUCUGCAUUAUAUUAUGGCAGCAACCAGUGGCCUGUUGUGUCCCAAAAGUUACUUAAACUGUGGAAUUACAAAUAUAAAUAUGCAGUAUAUCAGUGUAUGAAUGUAUGUCUUGUUUGAAUCGAUGUCUUUUUAUUGAACCUGCAUAUGAAUGUUUAUGAAGAAGGGCUACACUCUGCUGUCUACUGUAGACUUUUGCUUUUCUAAACUAUUCUUCUUCUCCUUAUUUUUCUAUCACUGUUUUUUUUUUUAUAAGUAUUUUGUUAAUUAAACUUGUUGUGCUUGUUUUGCAAAAAACUUUUACUCAAUUUGGAUUCACAUUUGUCGAUUUUGAGCUGUUGAUUUUUAACAUUUGUGUACAUCUUUUUUGUUAAAUUAUGAUGAUGGUAAAUUAAUAGUUUUGUAUGCUGUGCACUUUGCAAAAAUAUGCUUCAGUGCUGUCAUGCUAAGAGUUAGAUGAGAAGAUGGAUACCAUCCUCACAACAGACUGUAAACAAGGGGAGACAGCAUGCCUGGCUCUGUCCAAACGUAACAAAACCUGCCUACAAGCACUUGAAAAGCUCUGAAUAGCACAUUGUACACAAUUUGUUUAAGCCAUACAAUUUAUGAUUUGUUUCCCCCUGUUUACAGUCUUUGAUAUGCUGCUGUAUUCCUGUUGUAUGCAAACUACAUUUCAUAUUAUGUAUGGUAACUGCAUCGAUAAAUCAUCCAGUGCAUGUCAGUUCAGACUAUUUCAAACUGAAAAUACUCAACUGAAAGUAAAAGUCCUGCAUUUAAAAACUUACUGAAGUAAAAUUAUAUAAGUAGCAAAAUGUACUUUAAGUAUGAAAAGUAAAAGUAUUCAGUGUGCAGUAAAA